AUGUUUUGGUUGGGAUGGAGAGGUAACAAUGGUGGUAAGGCGGUGGUAGCACCGAUAGUGGCGGUUAUGGUGGUAGUGGCAGUGGUGAUGGCGGCAAUGAUUGUGGUAGUGGCGGCCGCGAAAAUGAUGGUGGUAGUGGCAGUUAUGGUUGUGGUGGCUGUUGCAAUAAUGAUGCAUGGUGGUGGUGGUGGCGAUGGCAACAUCGAUGGUGGUAACAAUGGUGGCAGUAGUGGCGGCAACAAUGGUGGCGGUGGAGGUAAUAAUGGUGGUGACAGUGGUGGAGGUUGUGGUUAUGGCGGCCGUGAUGGCAAAAAUGGUGGUUGUAAUGGUGGUGAUGGUGUAAGGUUAGUAUUUGAAGUGGUAGGAGGUAUCGUUUACUUUUCUCACUAA